AACUUAUAAUAUUCUUGAUCAAAGGUUGAAUAAAAAGAAACAAUUAAAGAAAAAAGAGGACGAAACGAAUAAAAGAAGGCGCCGGCGCGAGACCGGUGACCAAAUGCUGGGCGCGUUGGGACACGCGCCUUUCAUCUAUUUUCUCUCUGCUUUUCCUCCUCCGUCCUCUAUUCCGAAUCCCAACCUUCCACGCUUCUCUCUAAUGGCUAUCUCUGCUCGAAUUGCCGUCGUCGGCGACGUCCAUGGGCAUUGGGAUUUACGAGAAGAUUCCAAGGCACUUCAACUAUUGCAGCCAGAUUUAGUGCUCUUUACAGGCAGGUGACUUUGGCGAAGAGAAUGUUGAACUGGUCCAAAGUAUUGCAGAACUUAAAUUUGCAAAAGCAGCUAUAUUGGGAAACCAUGAUGCCUGGUUUACGCCAUGUUUUUCUCAAGAAUGGAGAGUAAUGCUCUGUCCAGAUGAGUGUUUGUGGGACAAGAGGAAGAAGGAUGGCGUUCAACUUCAGUUGGAAUGUCUUGGCGAGAGUCAUAUUGGUUACCGGCGUAUGGACUUUCCUCAGCAAAAACUAAGCGUUGUUGGUGGACGACCUUUUUCUCAUGGUGGAAAGGGGAUGUUUCGGAAACAACUACUUUCUGCAAGAUAUGGUGUCAAAGACAUGAAAACAAGUGCUAAGAGAAUCUACGAAGCUGCAAUAGGCGCACCCGAGGAUAAUUUGGUUAUAAUUCUUGCACACAAUGGGCCUACAGGUCUUGGCUCUUGUGCAAAUGACAUUUGUGGUAAAGAUUGGGAAUUUGGGGGUGGAGACUAUGGUGAUGAAGAUCUAGCACAAGCUAUAUCUCAGUUGAAAGAGAAUGGAAAGUUCCGUGUCUCUCCUUUGGUUGUGUUUGGGCAUAUGCAUAAAGAACUUGCAUACGGUGGUCAUCGUAAAAUGAUAGUCGUGACAGCUGACAACACCAUUUACCUUAACGGAGCUGUCGUUCCGAGGGUUAACAGUUACUCUGGUGGAGAAGGCAAGGUAAGGGGAAACUUCACAAGUAGCAGAACAUCGUCUUCACAAUCUGUUUCAAGAGGCACAAAGCGAGCAUUCACUGUAGUUGACAUUUCAGAUGGGAAGGUGGAUAAGAUUACUGAAAGUUGGAUUUCUGUUGUUGGUGAUGAGACCUGUUUGGAUGAAGCACAUUUGAUGUACCAAAGUGGCAUUUGAAGUUUCAACAUAAGAUUCUUCUGCAAAUAUGGAAGCAAAAAUGGGUACAUAAACAGGGAGAUUCAUCAAAGUUUUUAACAUCACUGUAUAUCGUUGUUCAUAUGAAUACAAUCUAUCAUGCCAACUUGAUACUCUUCCUUUAAAAACCCUCAUUUAAGGAUGCUUUCAUCUUGUAUAUCUAAAUAAUCCAAUUUCAAUAGAGAUUGAAAUGGUUGGAACUCAAGUUUAUAGAAAUAUUAAUGUUGAUA